CCCACCCGGCCCCAGCCCGAUCCAACCGUCUGGUCUCCGGGCUCGGACUCUGCCUGGCCGGGGUGCACGCCACCAGGUCUCCAGACCGAGGGCUCCCCUCCAGCCGGGCUCCCCUCCACCUUGGAGAUGUGCGGCCUCUCUCCUCCCAAACAGCCCGCCUUCAAAGCUGGGACCCCCGGACGGGCACCUGGAUCCCGGUUCCACUGAGACCCACUCACCUGUAACCCGCUUUCUCAGACUCUCGUUCUCGUCCUUGGUGGGAGACGUCUCACUUCGCUCAGAUUGACCCCUGCCCCCCAACAUUGGCAGCCUUCCCACCCCCCUCAACGGGGAGCCAGACGUUUUUGGGGACUAACUUCCAUAGGUCCGUCAUGGAGGCGGUGUACCUGGUGGUGAACGGCGUGGGCCUGGUGCUGGACGGGCUGACCUUAGUGUUGGACCUCAACUUCCUGCUGGUGUCCUCCUUCCUGGCCUUCCUGGCCUGGCUGCUGGCCUUCAUCUACAACCUGCCACACACUGUACUGACGAGCCUUCUGCACUUGGGCCGCGGAGUCCUACUGUCAUUGCUGGCCUUGAUGGAAGCCGUGAUCCGGCUCACUUCUGGGGGCUUUCAGGCCUUGGGUACCUCCCUGUACAGCUGCUACUCUGGCCUGGAGAGCCUAAAGCUCCUGGGGCACCUGGCCUCCCAUGGGGCAUUGAGGAGCCGGGAGAUACUGCACCGCGGCGUCCUCAAUGUGAUCUCCAGUGGCCACGCUUUGCUGCGCCAGGCCUGUGACAUCUGUGCCAUUGCCAUGAGCUUGGUGGCCUACGUGAUCAACAGCCUGGUCAACAUCUGCCUCAUUGGCACUCAGAACCUCUUCUCCCUGUUGCUGGCCCUGUGGGAUGCAGUGAUGGGGCCACUGUGGAGGAUGACGGAUGUCAUGGCCGCCUUCCUAGCCCACAUUUCCAGCAGUGCUGUGGCCAUGGCCAUCCUUCUCUGGACCCCCUGCCAACUAGCAAUGGAGCUCCUGGCCUCGGCGGCCCGCCUCUCGGCCAGCUUUGUGCUGGUCAAUCUCACUGGCCUGCUGCUGCUGGCUUGUGUGCUGGCAGUGACAGUGACCGUGUUGCAGCCGGACCUCACCAUGAGGCUGGCCACCCGGGCACUCAGUCAGCUUCAUGCCCGGCCAUCCUACCGCAGGCUGCGAGAGGAUGUCGUGCGGCUGUCUCGCCUCGCACUGGGCUCGGAGUCUUGGCAACGCGUCUGGAGCCGCAGCCUGCAGCUGGCAAGCUGGCCAAACCGGGAAGGGGCACCUGGGGCUCCCCAGGGUGGCCCUAGAAGAGUCGCCUCAGCCAGGACCUCUCAACAGGACACUCAUCCUGAAGCAGGGCCCAGAUCAGAGACAGAAGAGGAGGAAGUCGGAAUGGCCAGAGUGACAGCCACCUGGGGCAGGGAGAGGCUCAACGAGGAGGAGCCUAUAGCUGGGCAAGACCCAUGGAAGUUGCUGAAGGAGCAAGAGGAGCGGAAGAAGUGUGUCAUCUGCCAGGACCAGAGCAAGACAGUGCUGCUGCUGCCCUGUCGGCACCUGUGCCUGUGCCAGGCCUGCACCGAAAUCCUGAUGCGCCAUCCCGUCUACCACCGCAACUGCCCACUCUGCCGCCGGGGCAUUCUGCAGACCCUCAAUGUCUACCUCUGAACAGUCCCUCCCUCCCUGCCCCUCCUGCAGCUCCACACUCCACACGGCCACCUGUGCGAUGACAGCAUUAACAGCUGAUCUCCGGGUCCUGGCCUGAAUCCCCUUUUGUCAUCAUGGCUGUCACGCCUCCAGGCCAUACGUCCAGGACAUUGAGAUGGGAUACCCUGGAAGACUGGCCUGGGUGGGGGCAGGAUAACAGCGCCUCUGUACUCGCGGGUCCCUGCAGGGCUGAGGGUGGUGUGUCACUAUGCCAGGCCCUGAGACGGUUUGCUGUGGACUCCCCUCCAGCUUGCCAGGGCCCACCCAGAUGCUGGCCUCUGGGGGCUCCCCACCUCUGCUUGUGGGUUUUCUGUUGGGGAUUUGCAGGUCCUCUCCCUGCUCCCUCCCCAGCUACAACCACAAUACAUCAGUGUUAUUUGGGUAUUUUGGCAACUCGAGGGCCCUUGGAAUGAUCUUGAACCUUUGCUUUCAGCCAGAGCUCCUGUGCCUGGUAGGUUUAGGGGGGUAGUAUCUGUCAGAUGCUCUUAGAGCUACCACUUUGCCUGUCACGAUCUUAUGAGGCUCUCUCUCAACCUGACCCAACAGCUGGGGUCAGGGGUUUCUCUCUUGGGUGGCGGUAUCUGCACUUGGAUUUGGGACCAUGAACCCUGGUACCCCAGCUCUACUGGGAACCUCAGAAGAGAUAACCAGAUUUCUAUUUAUAUCCCUUUUAUUCCCCACAUCACAGAGAAAAAUGGCAUUCCCCUCUGUUUGUCUCUCCCUGGCACUGGGGAGGGCACACAUUUCACUAGGGUCCAAACAGUAGGGGCCAGGGCCUAGGGGCAUGCAGUUACUCCCUGAGGGUCUGGCCCACUUUCCAGCAAAUAAAGUUUUG